UACAGUAUUUGUUCAUAAUGGGAGUGCAAAGCGGGACAUCCUAGUAACCCAUUUUGCUGCUAUUAUAUAUGCUCUUAUGUUAUGUGAUAUGAAGUCUAAUGUUUUGAUUUUCGUUAGAGAAACGAAAUGGAAAACAGGAAAUGGCAGGGAUCAGUUGGGGGCAUAGUUGAGGCACCCAUGGAAGAGGUCUGGAAAAUGGUGUCAAAAAGCAGCAAGCUUUGUGAAUGGAUGCCAAUGGUGGAAAGGUGCACAGAUUUGGCCGGAGAAGACGGCGUUCCAGGCCACACCCGCCUAGUCUCGGGGUUCAUGUUCCCACAGGAGAAUGGAGAGCGGUCAUGGAUCAAGGAGAGGCUGCUUUUCAUGGACGCUGAGUCUCAUAGUUAUUCUUACAGAAUGGAGGCAAGCAAUGUGGGGCUUGAUGGAUCUGUGAAUUUAGUCAAAGUGUUGGAAUAUGAUGAGGGGUCCACUCUGGUUGAGUGGAGAUUUGAGAUGGAUCCUCUUGAAGGUUCCUCUGAGGACACAAUCAUGGAUUUCUUGGGGUUUCUUUACAAGUCUUGCAUUCAUAGGAUCAAAGGUGCUAUAGAGGUUUCCCAGGGGAAGUCCAAGGUUGUUUCCCAGGAAAUUCAAGAUUUUGAUUGACUGAUGAUAUCCAAGCAUAUUGUCAAAUGAUUGUUAAAAGACCUGUAUUGAUGACACACACAUACACAUAUAUUCAAGG